GACAUCUACACUGAUCAUCAGGACACUGAUCAUCAGUGCAGCCCCAUCAGUGCUGCCUCUAAGUAUCCAUCAAUGCUGCCUAUCAGUGCCCAUCAGUGUUGCCUUUCAGUGCCCAUCAGUGAUGACUGUCAAUGCCAAUCAGUGCCACCUAUCAGUGCCCAUCAGUGCCACCUAUCAAUGCCAUCUAUCAGUGCUACAUAUCAGUGCCCAUCAGUUAUUCCUGUCAUUUCCCAUCAGUGCCGCCUACCAGUGCCUCCUCAUCAGUGCCACCUAUCAGUGCUGUCCAUCAGUGCCACCAAUCAGUGCCGCCUAUCACUACAGCCUCAUCAG